UGUCAUACUAAGCGUAAACGUUUAUACGAGUACGAGUAUAUAAACUUGAUACACGCUGAUUGAAUAAUUACAAUCGUUCGUGUCGGGAACGCCGCAAAUAUGAUGGUUCCCGUCGUUCUCUUUCUGGCGCUCGCCAGCAUUCCAUACGCAACCGCGGAGUCGCGUGCUGAUGGCGAUGUACAGUUGGCCUGCACCCUGGAUUCCUUCCACCUGAAGAUCAAACAAUCCAGCUGCAGUUGUACAUGCGACGGCGCACCGGUAUCGCCCACGGAACUGGCUGCUACGGUGCCCACUACGCCCGCGGUUCGCACCACCCCGGAGAUUCCCACGACCACCCCGGUAGCGCCGAUUAAUCCUGGAAGCGGUGUUACGUGCGCAACCCAACCCAAUGAGAAUCUGGCGCCGGUAGAAGCCGAUGAUUUCGACCGCGUGGACUGCUACCCGGAUUGGGGCGCUUCCGAGGCCGGCUGCGUGGCUCGCGGCUGCAUCUGGCAGCCGUCGCAGUACCCGAACGGACAGUCCACCGGGGCGCCGUGGUGUUUCCAUCCCGGAUCGAAUGUACCGAAAGCAUACAAUAGCAACGGUUGCGCCGCCGCGGCUGACAAGGCCACCUUCGCGCUGACCAAAGCCUAUACCGGCAAUUCCUUCAGCACACCCUGGGCCGACGUCCGUGUGGAUAUUGAACAUGUGGGAAAGAGCGUGCUGCGCAUCAAGUACUACGAUGCCGGUCGCUCCCGCUACGAAGUACCCACGCCAAUCAACCGUCCUCCGCCAUCCACCACGACCACCGACUACGAGGUGCGUGUGUACCAGGAACCGUACUUCUACUUCAAGGUCAUCCGCCGCUCCACCGGCACUGUCCUGUUCGACACCUCCCUGGCCGGCUUGAUCCUGGAGGAUCAAUACAUCCAGAUUAAGACCAAGCUUCCGUCGGAGAAGAUCUUCGGGUUUGGGGAGAACCGGCAUCGCACCUUCAAGCACAAUCUGAACGUGGGCGCCGUGCCCAUGUGGACGAAGGACUCGCCGCCGGGUUAUGAAAACGGGAACCAUUACGGCUUCCAUCCGUACUAUAUGGUCGUGGAGGACAACGAUGGGCGGGCGCACGGCGUGCUGCUGCACACCAGCAGCGGAAUGGAAUAUAAAUUUGCUCCCGGCCCUACGUUGACGUUGAAACUGAUUGGCGGUAUUCUGGAUUUUUACUUUGUUCUGGGCGACAACCCGGAAGAAGUCACCCAACAGUAUACAGCGUUGGUGGGGCGUCCUUUCUUACCGCCCUACUGGUCACUGGGUUUCCAGUUAUCCCGUUGGGGCUACAACUCCUUAACGAAACUGCAGCAGAUCAUCAACCGCAACCGCAUGGCCGGCGUGCCACAAGAUGUACAAACACUCGAUAUCGAUUAUAUGCGCUUCCGGCAGAACUUUGUUAUUGACCAUGAUAACUACAACGGACUGGGCGCCUAUGUGGACCAGCUGAAGCGGGACGGUAUUCGGGCGGUUAUCAUUCUGGAUCCGGCUAUCCAUUCCGAUGCCCCGAUCAAACAUCCCAAAGAUCCGCAGUAUCUGCCGUAUGAUAAUGGUGUUAUGCAAGAUGUCUUUAUUAAAUGGCCGCACGGCGUUACCGGUAUCGACAGCAUCAAUGUGGGUCCAAAUAACAUUCUUCUGGGCAAAGUGUGGCCGGAUGGACGCGCGGCAUUCCCGGAUUUCUUCUCGGAGAAGGCCAAAACCUGGUGGAAGAACGAAAUUGUCAAGCAGCAUCAGACACUCAAAUUUGAUGGAUUAUGGAUCGACAUGAACGAACCGGCUUCCUUCGGAACGAACACCAACGGCCAGGGCCAGUGGUUCUGCGGCGGUGACCUGCCUGGGAACCACACCUGCCAGGGUCUGCGCUGCCCACAAAACAGUCUCGAACAGCCACCCUACACCGGCCGUCUGGGACGUCUGUCGGACAACACCAUCUGCAUGUCGACUGAGCAGGAAUGCCGGCCGGGUCAGCGGUGCACCCACUACGACGUGCACAAUCUGUACGGAUGGAGCCAGAGUGAGCCGACCUUCGCGGCCGGUCAGGAGGCCACCGGCAAACGUAUCCUGGUGGUGUCGCGCUCCACCUACCCAGGGAACGGCCAGCAUGUCGGCCACUGGCUGGGCGACAAUUCGGCCAACUGGGGCGAUCUGCAGUACUCCAUUGUGGGGAUGCUGGAGUUCAACAUCUUCGGAAUUCCUUAUAUUGGCGCUGAUAUUUGCGGUUUCUUUAAUGAACCAUCGGAGGAAUUAUGUGCUCGUUGGCAGCAAGUCGGCGCAUUCUAUCCGUACGCGCGCAACCACAACGGCAACCACUAUAAAGAUCAAGAUCCGGCACAAUGGCCGUUAGUGGCCGAUGUGACCAAGAAAGCCCUGGCCAUCCGCUACCGUCUGCUGCCGUACCUGUACACCCUCUUCUACCACGCCCACACUACCGGCUCAACGGUCAUUCGGCCGCUGCACCACGAAUUCCUGACUGACCAGACCACGUACGAUAUCAACGACCAGUUCCUGUGGGGUGCCGGUCUGAUGAUCUCGCCGGUCGUGCAAGAUGGGUGGCGCUCACGCAGUGUCUACUUCCCCGAUGCCAAGUGGUACGACUACGCUGGAACGCCGGAAGUGACGCGUCAGGGCAGUCGUACGUUGCCGAUGGAGAUCGACCAGAUCGGUAUGCAUUAUCGUGGCGGGAUCAUUUUCCCGGCGCAAGUCCCGGGCAAGAACACCGCCGAAUCCCGACGCAACCCCUUCCAGUUCAUUGUCGCUCUGAAUGAUACAUACGCGGCCAACGGUGACCUUUACUGGGAUGAUGGCGAAGCUAUUGAUGCCAUUUCCGGUGGGAAGCAUUUGCGCGCCUCCAUGAAGUUCCGCCAGAAUGCUCCGCAUCAGUGCACCUUCACGUACACGGUGGACGCCAGUGCCAACGUCAACAGCGGCAAUGUGAUCGUCCGCGACAUUCACCUGUUCGGAAUGCCCUUUGCUGUGGUGCGAGCGGAAGCCAGCCGGGGCUUUGCACAUGUCAUUAAAGUGGGCCAGGCGUACCAGGUCGUCUUGCAGGACAUUCCACUGAAUGCGUCCUUCCACGUCAGCUUAUUCCCUACACUGUGAUUUUUCUGGCGUGAUUAGCUGCAUAAAUUAUGGAGCACUUAUUUAAUUAAGCGGUCCGAAUAGAGUUGUAAUGAAUAUUUAUGCGAUUACUUCCGUUUCAAACAGUGCAUUGUUUUUGGAGAAAUGCAUGCUAGUCAUUUCAUUGACUCGGUGAUGGGUUUGAGAAAGGCAUCCCCUAAGAAGACGCAACCAGAUUUGGAAAUGGUUGGAUGCGCGCUAAAGAAGUGUUUGAUUUGCUUAUUUCUCUUGGUGCAUUAAUCUGUAUUACCCAACAAAAA